AUGUCAUUUUUGUUUUCUUACUACUUUGUCAUAUUCUCACUUUAUACCAUUUCAUUGACACACAAUUUGAGGAAUAGGAAACAGUCUAGUUAUUUGGCAUAUAGCCAGGAUAAUUCCUUGUGUCGUAUAUUGGUAGGAAAAACGAAAAAAAAUAAAAAAAAAUUCACCAGGAAUUGUGCAGUAAAUUGGGUACGAAAUUGUGCAUUAAAUUGGGCCCAAAAUUAUGCCUUAAAUUGGGCUCAAAAUUGUGCAGUAAAUUGUUUCAAGAAAUGCAAGAUAGAUCACUUCAAUAACCAUGGAGAGAUAACUCAUUUGUCCAUAAGAACAGGAUGUGAUGAUUAUGGAGGUGUGAAUAUUACUGAAAGGAUAAGAAGGAAGAGGGGGAGAGGAAGUCGGUUCAGCAAGGGGAGUUUGUACGUAAAAGCAGAUGCAUGUGAGGAAGGAAAUUUCUUGAAGACACAUCUACAAGAGUUGAUUGUUAAGGAAAAGAUGACAAAGAGAUUACGAAUAGGUGUGGAUAAACUUAUUUUUGUUAAUAGAAUAUUGUUUGAGAUAAGGAAGGAGAAAGUUCCCGACGCGAGUCUGUCUGCAACACCAUCUGUUAAUGAAAAGAAGAAACAGAAGAAACACACAGAUGGUAAAUGUCCUAGAGAGAUCGAGAUGUUGGUAGAAGAGGACCUGUCUAAUUACGACUUUGAUGAGAAACAUGUAAGACUGUAUGAGGAUUUUAUUGAAGGAAUCAUAAACCAUGGGGUAAUCCCUUUGAGGAACAGUGGUCCUGAGAUCAUAAAUUUUGAUUCUGUGGAUAUGGAAUUUCGUAGUUACCUUGCUUUUCUGUUUUUGGAUGGUGAAGAUGGGGAGGAAGCCAGAUGUGAAAAUGGAGAGGCAGCCAGAUGUGAACAUGUGGAGGAAGCCAGAUGUGAAGAUGGGGAGGAAGCCAGAUGUGAAAAUGGAGAGGCAGUCAGAUGUGAAGAUGUGGAGGAAGCCAGAUGUGAAAAUGGAGAGGCAGCCAGAUGUGAAGAUGUGGAGGAAGCCAGAUGUGAAGAACUGGAGGCAGCUAGAUGUGAAGAUGUGGAGGAAGCCAGAUGUGAAGAACUGGAGGCAGCUAGAUGUGAAGAUAGAUGCGGUGGAAACAAAGAAGAGGAAAUCCCCGCUGAAGGUAGCACAUUGGAUCAGUCUAAGCUAGACGAAAUGCUGGCUAGAGUGAAAAGAGAAAUAAGAAAGGUGUCCAAAAAACUGAUAUUGCUGAAGGAAACAAUUGAAGAAAUAACGAAUGAAUAUGAAAUAGAAAUGGAAAAAAUAUACAUAGAUAAAGAAACAGGUGAAAUAAAAGUGAAACGGAACAGAUAUCAAGACAGCAAUGAAAAAAGAAGUAACUGGAAAUUAAUAUUUUUAGGUACAGGUUCUAUGUACCCAUCGACCAGUAGAGGAACCUCAUCAUUUUUACUGCAAAUAACAAAAAAAAAAUUUAAUGAUGCUUUUCUGUUUGAUUGUGGAGAAAAUACCUUUAUAUCUUUACAAAAAGCCAAUAUAAAAGUUAGCAAAAUUAAGAAUAUUUUUAUUACACAUUUGCAUGGAGAUCAUUGUCUUGGACUCAUUUCUGUUUUGACAAUGUUGAGAAAUGAAAACACAAUUAAUAUUUAUGGCCCCGAGGGAAUUUAUCGCUUUUUGAAAAAUAACAUCAAUUCAACGUUCUCCAAGAGGAUGGCGAAAUUUUUUGUUUACGAGAUGAAGACAGGGAUGAGCACUGGUGGGGGAGCAGUAGGAGUAGGAGGAGGAGGCAGCGGAUCUGUUUCUAUCACGUCAAGUAGACAAGAGACACCUUCUGACACAGGGAAUAUGCAGAGGAAGAAGCGUGUGGAUACAGAGUACAUUUUUCAAAAUGAAGAAAAAGUAUAUCCAAUACUUAAAAACGAAUUUUUAGAGAUUUUAGGAUUUCCCAUAAAACAUACAGUACCUACCAUCGGGUAUGUAAUAAAAGAGUUAAAAGCAGAAAGUAAAUUUAAUGCAUCUUACAUCAAUGAAUUAAUUAAGAAAAAUUAUGAUAAACUGAAAGAAUGUGAACGAUUGGAAUUUCUUCCAUAUAAGAUUUAUGAAAAUAUAAUUCGAAAAAUGAAUGUAGGUGAUGUAGUUGAACUUCCAGAUAAAACACAGCUUUCGUUUAAAAAUGCAUACAAAGAAGUGUAUAAGGAAAGAAAAAUAGUAGUAUGUCAAGACACUUAUGAUGCAUCUAGUUUAGAAAAUUUUGCAAAAGAUGCAGAUGUAUUGAUUCACGAAGCAACAAAUAGCUUAAUAGAUUUAAACGACCAAAGUAUUGGUGCACUUGAUACGCCCUGUGAAGAAAAUGUGAAAAAGACAUUCGGGAAGAACCAGCAUCAUCAGAUACAUGUAAGAAGAAAAGAAAAUAUCCCUCAAGGAAAUAAAGAUGGCCAACUUAAUUGUAGCAUAAGUGAUGCGAGCAUGUUUAUGUCUAUGGCAAUUGACUAUCAGACAAGUGAAAAUUUCUCACGUGAGAAAUGUGACAAAAAAGAGACACCUACAAAUAGAGAUGGAAAAGACACGAUGAAUUCUAUGAACGACGAACAUGUUGUACUGUCCAAGGGUGAAAAGACAAAUUCCAAUAAUGUAAACCAGAUGAAGAGUCCACAAGAGAAUAGUUUAUGCUACUCACAAAUGAAUAAACGGUUAGUAAAAAACUGGUACAAUAAAAUUAUUUCAGAACGAGGCCAUUCAACAGCUAACAUGGCAGGUGAGUUCGCGAAAAAAAUCAAUGCAAAGAAACUUAUUUUGACUCAUUUUUCACAAAGAUACAUUGGAGACAAUAAGUUAAAGAAUGUGCUUAUUAUGAGAAAAAUCGAGCGGGAAGCACAAGAACCGAUGGAAUCAAGGGAUAUAUUGGAACCAAUUGAACCUGAACCUUUUCUAGGAAAUAACUCUCAUGGGAGAAGAGAAAAUAUAGUUGACAACAAAGAUAGUAUAUCCAAAAGGUCUGAUAAAAGACACACUGUUAUCGCUGCAUAUGAUGGUUUAAUUGUACAUAUUCCUCCACAAAUGAUAAAGUAA